AUUCACGUAAUAAAUUGUUCAAUUCCUUCAACCCUUUAGAAAUUGAAAACCAAGCUUGAAAACAUUUCUUCGUUUUAGUGUUUUACACACCAUAUAUAUAAAUACCAUGGUUCUCGACGAAGCUUCAUCGUUUGAAACCAGCGAGGAUCUGGCCACGUGUCUUACAACGAGUCCGAUAAUAUCGGAGUCAUGGAGGCUGUGCAGCGUGGCCAACGCCACGGCUGCACGGAGUUUCGUGGCAGAAAAUGGCGGCGGCGACGGAGAAGUGGUGUACGUGGCUUUAUCGGGGGUUCAGAUGGCGGAGGGGACGGAAUCUAGCUGGAGAAGGUUGGUGGCGUUAGAGAGCAUCGGAGGAGAAUCGCUGUUCAGUAUGCAUCGGAAAAGGGAGGAGGAGGAGGUUGUUAUGGUGCACGCCGCCAUCUUCGAUCUCUUUUCCUCUUUCUUCGUCUCUUUCCGCAACCAGAUGUUGCCAAUUAUGAGAAACAGCAAAACCAAAUCAAUUGUUAUUACAGGCCAUUCCAUAGGAGGAGCCAUAGCUUCUCUAUGCAGCCUUUGGCUUUUGGCAUAUCUCCAACACAUAUCUUCUUCUAUCUCAGUUCUUUGCAUAACUUUUGGUUCACCAAUGCUUGGGAAUCAGUCAUUUUCCAAUGCCAUUCUCAAAGAAAGAUGGGGUGCCAACUUCAUUCACAUGGUAACAAAGCAUGACAUCAUGCCAAGGAUUCUCUUUGCACCUACAAUGCCUCACAUUGCUCAACUCAAUUCCUUGCUUCAAUUUUGGCAAUUUUCUAUGGCUAAUCCAAGCUCUCUUGGGAACCUUGCGAUGCAAGUAACUGAUAGGGACAAAGCUGAGUUGUUCAGCUUUGUCACGACUUACUUGCAUCACGCAGCUACCCAAGAGGGAGUAGAAGGGUUGUUUCGUCCCUUUGGGAGCUUCCUUUUUGUUUCGGACGAAGGAGCAGUGUGUGUGGAGAGUUCGGCCGCAGUUAUAAAGAUGAUGCACUUGAUGUUUGUAACAAGUUCUCCAGAUUCUAGUAUUGAAGAUCAUCUAAAAUAUGGAGAUUAUGUCAAUAAAUUGUCAUUGCAAUUCUUGAACAAGAAAAGUUCAAUGCAAGGGAUUGUUCCUAAUUGUAGCUAUGAAGCAGGGCUUGAAUUGGCACUCCACUCUUCAGGGAUAACAAGACAGCAACCGGCUUUCGAGCCGGCCAAGGAGUGCCUUAAGGAGGCUAGGAGAGCAGGUCCAUCGCCGGCGCUGAAGGCUGCUCGGCUUGCAAUUACCUUAUCCAAAUUUGUACCUUACAGGGCAGAAAUAGAAUGUUACAAAGCUUGGUGUGAUCAACAGAGUGAUCAAAUGGGAUACUAUGAUUUGUUCAAGAGGAGAGGCUCUUCAAAAAGGGAAAUGAAGGUCAACAUGAACCGUAUCAAGCUUGCAAGGUUCUGGAACAAUGUGGUUGACAUGCUGGAGAGGAAUGAGCUGCCUUAUGACUUCGAGUUGCGAGCAAAAUGGAUCAACACUUCGCAUUUUUAUAAGCUGCUUGUAGAGCCAUUGGACAUUGCUGAGUAUUAUGGCAAAGGGAAGCAGAAAACAAAUGGACAUUACAUAAAACAUGGCAGGGAGAAGAGGUAUGAGAUUUUUGAUAGGUGGUGGAAGGAUAGUGUGGCUGCUAGGGAAGAAAAUAGUGAGAGGAGCAAGUUUGCGAGUUUGACGCAAGAUUCGUGCUUUUGGGCGAGGGUGGAGGAAGCCAGAGAUUGCUUGGAUAGUAUUAGAAGUGAGAGUGAUACAACCAAGCUUGCUUUGUUGUGGCAAAGCAUUGACAAGUUUGAGAAAUACUCAAUGGAACUUAUUGAAAAUAAGGAAGUGUCUCUUGAUGUUCUUGCUAAGAACUCAAGCUAUAGUAUAUGGUUGGAAGACUUAAGAGAAUUGAGAGAAUUGAAAGCUAAGGAGAAGAAGUUUUCAAACCACUUCAACCCUUUUAUGGAUGGGGAAGUAAUUCCUUAGUACUUUUUUCUUUUUAAGGGAAUAAAUGACUUUAGAAUUUUGUAAUAUAUGUCUUAUAAAUGGAUUUGUCAAGUGGAACCAAUCUUUCAGAUA